AUGAAGCACAAAGAUGGUAUUGAGUGCUAUCUCAAGCCACGAGGCGCUAGCUACGACGAGCGCAAGUUCGCCGAGAUACCGCAAGAUGUCGACAAUGACAAUGACCACUGCAUGCACAGCGUGGUCCUCAAGACACGGAACAAUUUCAAUGUCGUGCUGAAAUUUUCGGACACUUUCGACAUGUCUUCUGCGUCGCUGAUGCACAUGCUUGUAGCACUCAAGACGGCAAGUGGCCAGCGGCACCUGUUCAACUGCAGCUUGACCAAGAGGUGGGUCAGCUCAGGUGUUGCUACUGCCUACUCAAAGAAAGGCUUCGGCUUUACAUUCACCGGCUGGGCAACGGAAUCCAGCAUCAUCGUGAAGGCAGGAAUGUUUGCGAACUAUAAUCUCGAUCCUGCUCGAUGCGAUAUGCUCGUUUCUGUACAACGGGGCCACGGAGUAUGGACAGAAUCUACCAAGCGGAAACGUCCAGACGACCCAGAAGGAUGGAACCAGAUCCGUGGCGGCUCGUUUGCUCCACUUUCUGGUGAGAUGGGCGCCGCCUAUGUCUUCCGAUUCACACCUCAAAGUCGAGUGACUUAUGGCAGGACAGUUCAAAACUGCCCUUUGCCCCUUGCGAGACCUGUGUCGUCCAGAAGUAUUGCAUUUGUUGCAGAUUCGGGGUUUCGCGCAGACGUAGACCGUGCCGUGGCGUCCCGAAAGCGUGCCAGAGAAAAGACUAGAACGACAGAUCAGACGAUAUCAUCUCCCGACACUGGGGUACUCGUGUCGUCCGAAGCCGCGUCUGCGCUAAGAGGGGACGCACUUUUGGACGGUACUGCAGAAGGAGCUUCGACGUCUACAUGUUCGCUCUCAAAUGAGGCAGUUGAAAGUCGGGCCUCGACUUCGAUUCAGAUCUGCACUUGUCCGAAAGUGCAUCGGGCGAGCACAAAGCGACCAAAAACUGACAAGCUCGUCCGUCAGUAUGGCGAGAAAGUUCCAGCCAGCAUGCGUGAGACGCCGGAUGAUUUGGCACAGGAUGAGUCCCUGUCACCGGCUGGCAACCAUGUUCCAACCAGUACCACUGCCAGGCAAGAAGACGACGCUGUGGAAACAGCUGCGGAGCAAUGCAUGAGCUGCAAGAGAUUCAAGGCGCCGCCAUCGGGCAAGAAGAUUACCUAUCGGAGGGCGCGAGGCCGAUACAUGUGCGUUCCGCGAAAUGCUCACGACGAGGCUGGACCGGAGGAUACCGUGCUGCGACGCACAGUGUCCGAAACGAAUGCUCCAACACGACCAACUCCAGAGCCCGAUCUUCCACUCGCUGAUGGCAUAGACGAAGACUCCACAUCCUCUGCUACUACCUCUGACACCUCCCCAGAGCAGGAAAUCAGCCAGUCUGAAACAUCCCAGUCAGUCUCAGAAGAGCCCACUGUGGACUCUCCCAAUUUUUGGACUCCAGUGACUGCAAAGAUCUCUGGGACUCAAGAAGAUGAGACCUCGCUCGACCAGCCCAGUAUCAUUGCUCCGGAUUCUAUUACCGCAGCUGGCACGGAGGCGGCAAAUCAGCCAGUCUCAAACAAGCGCCCAGCCGAGCCAUCAAACGACCAACCACCAGCCAAACAACCGCGCAUCGAAGAGAGCAACACGACCCGCAACGAGAAUCAGACUGUCUCAAUCAAGACCGAACCAGAAGUCGACCCAGACAUCCAAUUUGUCGCAUCUCAAGAGCCAUACAAGACUAUGCGAGAGAGGCGCUUGGAAGAGGACAUUGCACGCAAACAGCGGCAGCUAAGGAAGAUCGAGCUGGAAGAAGAAAUGGAGGAAUUGCAGCGUCAGUUGGCAGCCGAGCAGCGUCGCAAGCAGAAUUCUAAGCUUGUGAUCCAGGUGAAGCAAGAGAUCAUCGAGCUUGAUUAG